ACCGUGAACCAAAGAUGGCUAUCUACUUGGAGAUUUUUUUCGGUGUCACUGCAGUGAUUGUUGCACUGUACUACUAUUUCACAGCACAUUUUACUUUCUGGAUUGAGAGGGGCGUACCAGGACCAAAGCCUGUACCCGUUUUCGGUAAUGUCAUGCGACACAUGCUCGGGCUGCAAUCGAUCACCGAAUUUGCGGUGGAAAUGCGGAAAAAAUACAAAGGCGAACCGCUGGUCGGCGUAUUUACGAUGAGAAAGCCUACUCUUAUGAUUCAAGAUCCAGAGCUGAUCAAACACGUCUUCAUUAAAGAUUUCACGACGUUCGCCGAUCGUGGAGCCUUCCUACACGAAAUACCGGAGCCGUUAUCUGCGCAUCUGUUCUCUCUGGAAUCGAAAAGAUGGCGGCCACUGAGAACACAAUUGUCGCCCGUAUUUACAUCUGGCAAGUUGAGGGGAACUUUCUUCCUUAUUCUCAAGUGCGCUGAACACUUGGAGACAUACUUAGACACACUGGUCAAAAAAGGAGAACCUAUAGAGUCCCGAGAGUUAGCAGCGAAAUUUACGACCGACGUGAUCGGCAGCUGUGCAUUUGGGAUCGAAAUGAAUUCUCUGUCGGAUAGGGAAAGCGAGUUCCGUCAAGUUGGCCGAGAAAUCUUCGCCACGCAUUUCUUGGCAUUAUUGAAACUCAGAAUGAAGGAGUGCGUCCCUAAACUGUACGAUUGGCUCGGUUACAUAAUACCAUACGACUAUGUUACACGCUUCAUCACUAAAGUUACCAUCGAAACGAUGGAUUACAGGCAGAAAAACAACAUCGUUAGGCCCGAUUUUAUGAAUACCCUUCUAGAACUCAGAAAGCACCCGGAGAAAGUUCCUGAAAUCGAACUGACGGAUACCCUUCUAGCAGCACAAGCAUUCGUUUUCUUCGCAGCUGGCUUUGAGACUUCGUCCACCACCAUCAGCCACGCUCUCUAUGAGUUAGCUCUGAAUCCGGAUAUACAGAACAAGUUACGACAAGAAAUUGUAGAGUUUAACUCGAGAAAUGAUGGGAAUUGGAAAUACGAGGUUCUAAAGGAAAUGGAAUAUUUGGACAAAGUUUUUAAUGAAACGCUGAGGAAGUAUCCACCACUGCAUUUCUUAACGAGAGUCGCGACCGACAAUUAUACGUUUAGCGGAACAAAAGUAUCAAUUCCAAAAGGGACGGAACUAUUCAUAUCGACAUUCGCUAUUCAAAGGGAUCCAGAGAUUUAUCCAGAUCCAGAGAAAUUCGAUCCUGAAAGAUUCGACGUAGCUGCGAAAAAGGCUAGACACCCGAUGCAUUUUCUUCCAUUCGGCGAUGGUCCACGAAAUUGUAUCGGUGCCCGGUUUGCCGUCUAUCAGACCAAAAUUGGUUUGAUAAAGAUCCUGCUUAACACCAAGGUUGAAGUUUGCGAAAAGACACCGAUACCCUACGAACUCCAUCGGUUCUCCUUUAUACUGUCACCCACGAAGCCAUUGUACUUAAAAUUUACGAAGGUGGAAAAUUAA